GUUAUUUUACUGUCAUGCAGUGUGAAACAUAAAUAAAGCAUAAUAGUUUUUCUAAAAAUCAUGACUUAAUGCCGAGGCCUAAACAAUUAAUAUGAAAUAAUACAUUUCAAAAUAUAACUGCCACUUACAUAUUUGUUUUAAUUAAUGACAUUAUGGAUGGUUUAAUUCACGCGGCAUUGGAAGCAGAGUCAAUUUUAAAUCGGGCGAAGCAUGUAAAUAGUAACACACAGUCGCAGUUUGACAGUGGUGUCUCAGACCAUAAAAUGACUUGGACCCAUGAUAAAAUACACCUUGCUGAAACUGUAGACGAAACGAGAAUGAAAUUUCAAAGGAGUUCGAGUAGUUCUAGUUCUUCUAAGAGUGAAAAGUUUGAUUUGUUUAAAAAGCUUAAUGAGUUGUACAAUGAUUUGAGUAGAGACGAACAAUCACAAUCAAAUUUUCAAGGGCUAAAGACUACAUCCUAUCUACUUGAGAAACUUCUGGCGACAUAUAAUCUCAAUACUUUAAUAAUAAAUUUGUAUCCUGGCAAUAAAGGAUAUUCCUUGUCCUUGAAAGUUAAUGGCAAUACACAAUACCUGUAUCCACCUGACCCUAAUACCUCUACUAGUGAUGAAGAAACCUUAAUAGAGACUCCUCGAUGGCCAUAUGAGGAAGAAGAACUCCUGAGUUACAUCGACAAUGAGGAGUUACCUGUGGUUUUGCUAGAUUUGUUGGAAUCUGAACACUCCUGUCUUUUUUACUCGGGUUGCAUAAUAGCACAGAUACGGGACUAUAGACAAGCAUAUCCCAGUUUUCUCUGUGACACUCAUCAUGUAUUGCUUAGACCUACUAAUCAGAGUAUAAUAACGGAUGCUAUGUGCAUCGGCGGUAAAUGUGGAUGGGCGGGCGAAGAGCGAAGUUCCCUAGAGGCCGUGGAGGCUGCGCUGGUGCACGCAGCGGCUCCGCCCCUGUGCCUCGACCCGCGGCCGGCAGUGGGCUUGCUGGCCGCCAGGCUGCACGCCGCGCCGAGGCUGUUUAAUACGCCACGUAUUAGGCGGCAAGCGAAGAAAUUUUCGCAGGUCGCUGUUAAUAGAAAAAGAAAAUUAGACCAAUUUACUCACUAUCACGGAUUAGAGUUGCUUGAACUGAUCCAUAAGCAGAGGGCUAAAAACAGCAGGCAAUCGGUGCCCCAUACAAGACUGUCAUCAAAGUAUCCUAAGAAACCACCCGAGGUAUUCAAACCAAUAGAGCCGCCGAAGAUGGAGUCCCUAUCAUUAGCUAUGCCUUCGGAACCAAACGCACCAUUACGUGUAGCGCGGGCAUACGAAAGGCCUCGACCGACGCCUGAUUGUCAACCGCAGUUGUUCGAAGAAUACAUACUAGAGACUGAGAAAACAUCCCCCCACGCCGGCGCAGGAUUCUUCCAUAUAAAACUGUCGAUAUUGCAGAGACCGUCCGAUCAGGAGUUCCUUGGGGAGUUGUAUGUUGAUAGAGACCACGUGGAAGGUGAAAGGAAUGGUGCUGCGUGUAGAUUUACAUUAGGUUCUCGAGUUCAAGCAAAUAAGUACAUUCAGCAAUUCACGGAGAUAUUCACCGAGGAAGGCAGGAAGUCAGUUAGGAUAAAACACAUAGUGCCAGGGCAACUACCAAGGGUAUCGUUUACUGGCAGCAUGAGGGAAUUGCAAGGUCAGCAGUUGCUGCUACAACGUCAAGCAGCUAGCAGUGCCACAGUGCAAACACAUGCCACAACGGUACCUAUUGUGACAUCUGCAAUCGCGGCAACCCCAAAUACUCAUACGACUACACGGCAGUUACCUAUACUGCAGGCGCAGUUACAACAAGUCGGGAACAUUGCCACCGUUGGUAGUGUUGUCGGGAACGUCGGUACUGUCGGCGCUGUGGGCAGUGUUGGAAGCGUGGGCAGUGUCGGCAGCGUGGGUAGUGUCGGUAGCGUGGGCAGUGUUAGCAGCGUGGGUAGUGUCGGUAAUGUAGCCGCUGAAGCGUCGCUCAAGCAGCAGCCGUCGCCGAGCACGCCUCGAUUGUCACCUCAAGCUUCAACCAAUCAGCUCCUGGCACAACAACUGACCAAUCCGCAACAGCCGUUGAAUCCACAGAAGAUGCAGUCGGCUAUCAUUCAUAUACAGCAUCCGCUGAUGUCCACUGCUGGAACAUCGCAGGUGCAAAACAUACAGUAUACGACUACAUCGACUACACAACAGAAAGCCGCCAUCAGCAAACCACGCACGACCAACCCGGCCAUCAGCGCGCUUGUCACAAGUCUAAUGAAUUCCGCCCAACAGUUCCAACAAGCAGCGAGCCAAAACGCAGCGAAGACUGGCGCGACGACGACAAAUAACAACGCCACCAUCUUGAAUUUGCUGAACAGUGCCCCCGCCGCCAUGACACACGUUUCGUCCGCUAACAGUGAAAAUUUGGACGCUCACAAACUGGUUGGCCGCGUGUCCAUAGCAGGAGCAAGGCUUGUAGCCACCUCCACUCACAACAUACCCACAUAUACACAGCAGGGUGUGGGUGUACAAGUAAUGGGCGGCUAUACUCGUGAGAACGAGACGACGAACGUGUCGAGCAGCGAGAGCGCGCUGCUGGAGCGGCUGAUCAGCUCGGAGCCGCAAGCCGCGACCGCGUCGCAACCGCAGCCGCAAGCGCAGCCAGUUUGCCAUUUACAGGGCUUAAGUCUAGCAUCACUGCAAAGCCUCCAAGGCAUCCAAGGGCUCCAGAAUGUGCAAGUUCAGAUCCCCGGUUUGCCCGCGCCCAUAUCAUUAUCUCUGAACGUGUCAGGCGCGCCUAGUGGCUUGCUUGUUUCUGUACCUUCCACUACGUCGGUGGUGCUCACUAAUCAGCCCUCUGUACUCUCUUUGCCAAUUGCUCAACUAAUGCCUGGCGGCGUGAAGGGUGCCGUACGUAGCGGAACUGUCCAGGUGGUGCGGUCGGGGCGAGCGGCGCCCCCGCGGCCCGCCCGCCCGCCGCUGCCCGUGGCCCGGCAGCAGCCCACCGCCGCACCCGGUACAACCCAGUUCAUAGCUCAAGUGCAAGCGCAGACUUUAAAUACACACCAAGUGAGACGGAAAUCGAACGCUGACAGUUCAUAGUAAAUAGUCACUCUGCACUACCCGUUUAGUGAAACACUUGUGUACAAACAUACGAGGACUAUUUAGAUAAAUUAUUUUAGAUAACAGUGUGAAUUUAAUAACUGCAAUAACGUAACGUGAAAUUAUUCUAUCACAAUAGCUGCGGUUAUGUUGUUUUAUUAUAUAUAUGUUUGAACGGUUUUAAAUGCCUGGCAGGUACUAAUUGACUUAUAAUUUGCCAAUCUGACAGUUAAAAACAAACAAAAGCGAUGAAUUUUUGUUUUUAAUCAUGUAUCACAAUUUAUUUUAUUUCUUCUUCUAUACAUAAUACCAAUCAUGUAUUUCUUUAUUUUUUUUUAAUUGUCACAAAAAUAUGUGUGAAAUGUAACUUUUCCAAACUUGACAUUAGAAAUUAAAUAUGAUCAUGACAUGAACUGUGACUAAAUUUAAAGUGUUAUCAUAGUGUUAAAGUCUUAAUGAUACCAAUAUUAUUAUGUAACUAAUAAAAUUUUAUUUAUUGUUGGAUUUGUUAGUAACAACUGUAAAUAUAAAUGUUGUUAACGAAUUAAAGAAUUAUUAAUUUGUCAUUAAUUCUUACAGACGGGCUGUCAAUGUACAACUUUUGUUUUUAAACGCUGUUUAGUUCGAAGUUAGAAAUUAAAAAGGCAAGAAAUUAAAGAGAAUGAACCGAAUGGCAAAUGUAAAUUGGCCUCAACUUAUAUUGUUUUGUAAUGAAGUUGUAUAUGAUAAAUACAGAAUUUGUAAAUAUAGUUAUUAGUCUCAAAUUUCAAUGCACCAAGUAAACAUAUAAGUUGUUAAAGGGUAGACUAUCAAAUAUGAUUCCUAGGUUCGCAAGAGUUCAUCGAAUAUAAGUCUACUUAUAUCCAAGGUAGUCCUACAUUUCAGCAGAGCUAUUCAUAAAUUAGUACUUAAAAGUGAAUUUUAAUACACGGUAACACCAAUUAUAAUCAGUAUUAAACUGUAAGUUUCUAUUGGAUCAUGACUUUUUGACUACAGAAUUCGCAGUCAUUAAAGUACAAUAUUUACAGUGAUUGAAGAAUGCGUCAAAAAUUAUGUAAAUGGUGUAUUAUAUGUUAGGUAGGUAGGUAGAUAUAGGUAUAUAAGCAUCACAUUUAAUGUAAAUAAAUAUAUGGUAAUAAUGAAGUGUGCGAACGACAAACACGGUUCAAACGUGUUUAAUGUAAAAGAAUGUAAAUUCAGUGAUUCUUUAAUAUAAUUUCAGUAGAUCGUCAAUAAUAUUUGAAAUAAUACUAGCAUACGUAGUUCACGGAGCCUUAAUACUCAAUAAUAUGUUGGGAUCAAUGGAAAUGUCGCAGGCUUAUGAAAUGUAACGAAAACAAUGCAAUAUAGAUGGCAAUCAAUGUGUUCAAAAUGCCAGCUUGCAAAAUCAGUGAUGUGAUUGCAUAAUAAUAUAUAUAUGCUAGCUAGAACCCGAUUAGAUUCUUAUAUGUCAACUAACUUUUUCUCAGGGCUUCGCUCUUGUGGGUAUACCUGGCAAUACUUAUCGAGGGCCUGUAUGUAAUUUUAACAGUGUGUGAAAAAAAUCGUCUAUCGGUUUCGGCUAUGCGAUUAUAUGGCUAUCAACUUUAUAGUCAGUUUUUUAAUUCGAUUGGAUUUCAUUGCUUAUAGAUAGUGCAAUCGAUGAGGAAGGACUUUGGAGUCGAAAGUUUAUUUCAAAUUGUUAGAUUAACAACAUCUACUCUCAUUCUCAUUUUUGCGUAUUCCUGAUAUCAUCCUCCACUGUAGGGCUUCGGGGCCCAGGGUCCGACUUCCGCCUUUUCCCUCUCCACUUGUCCGGUUUCCGGCGUCCUCGAGAUAAUGGCUAGCAUUAUCUUUUCCGAGUUCUUUCGUGAUUUUUAUCACAAGUUAUGUAUUUCCGUUGCCGCAUUUUUGCUCGAUAUUAAUAACGGUUACAGGUAGACGGUUAAAAUUUUCACAGAAUACUUACUCGUAUAUUUCUUACUUUCAAACUAAAAAAAAAAUCAACAUCAUCAGGUGUACUUUUUGUGCUUUAUGAUUCCCGGCACUUUAGGAUAGGACCACUCCCUCACUGUUGAGCUGUUGUUGACAGUUAGUCUUUUAUAUACAGAUGAAGUGAAUAUUUAAUAGUGACAUAUAGAAAUAUAAUGACAUUUUUUAAUCAGUGACUGAACACUUUCGUUGAUAUGUAGAUUACAUCAGCACAACGAAUUAAUACCAAUAACAAUUUAUCUUUUAUAAUAAAGAAAGUUCUGUAAAAUAAGCGGCGGUCUUACAAUAGAUUAAUAAACUUACAUUGACCGAAAGAUUUUCAGCCUUAAUUUUAAACGGACACCUUACUAAAAUCUGACGUGAUAAAUAUUUUUAUAAAGGUACAUUUAUUAUGUAUAUGCCGAACAAUUUUAAAUAUAUGAUGUAGGUAGUGCGUAGCGCGAGUCUCAUUUUGCACUUCUGCUUUGAGAAUUAUUGUUGUCAACGAUAGAAUCCAGAUUUUUUACAGAUUUUUACUCACGAUGUAGUUUUGAUAAGCACUAAGUUAGAUAAAUAAGCACUCGUUGCCAGAAGAAAUAGCAAGUAACAUGAUUUUUUAGUGAUUAUAAACGAAAGUUUUGUUGAUAACGCAAAUUCUUUUUGGUAAUUUUAUAGUAAAUUUCAGAUUAUAAUAUUAAUAACAUAAACUGCAAUAAGUAAAUACAGAAUUAGUCCACCCCCGUACUUAGUAUUUGGAGGAGAAUCGCUGUAAAAAUGCUUAUCAUACCUACCAUAUAUAUAUUAAAAUGGUAGGUCUAUGAUUCAUGCGCACAAAUUUUAUCUCUGUUAGCAUUUGUUAGACUUCAACACCGUAAUUAUUCAAUUCUUCACGUCACGACGUUUUAUAAUUCUACAUAUACGUAAGAGUACCUACAGUUUCUCUUGUUAAUUUUAGUUAUCUAAAAUGUGUUCAUAAUGGCAUUCCGUGACAUGCCUAAUUAAGUAAACCUUGUUUUAUUUAGUAUUGCCUGGGCAUUUGGUAGGAUACGUGGACAUUGUUGCCGUGUUUGUAAAAAUUGCAUAUGUAAAUAAGGACUUUUUACACUACUACUGGUAAGAAAGUAAAAUGGAACGUAUUUAUGAAUUUUGUACCUUAUAUAUCGAGUAGCUAGUAGUAGUGAGACUAGUCUUAUAUCGGGGUGCGUUUUAGAGCAGUAUUAGCAUGGGAAAUUUCACUUGCAGAAUAGAUUCGUAUAUUACAAGUAGUUUACGGUCUUGGUCUUUAUAGUCAAUAAACUACGACAUAAAAUAUUAAUCGCAUCUUGACCUUGUUUAUAAUGAAAUCGUCCUUUCAUAUCCUCAUUAAUAAUUAGUUUUACAUAACUUUUGCUGUGUAUGCUGCUCUUACUAGUAAACGGCCGCGUAAUUUGCGAAUUGUUGAUCUCAUUUGUUUACGGUCAUGUAGCUCAAUAUGUAAUUUUUUUGUAACAUAAAUUCACAACGUGUAAAUGUCUAUUUUAAGAAUUAAUAAAAUAAUUAUUGUAUAUAUUUUGUAAUGGAGAUUUUUAUACAUAAUCUAAUUUUUAUUAAGUUCGAUGGUUGUAUGAUGUUUUCAGUGGCGUACUUGAUUUGUCGUAUUGCUGUAAAUAUUAUUUUAAAUGAGAUGUGAUAUGCAUUCUAUUUCGUAGCGCGAAUAAUUAAAUUUAUAUGAAUGCGUUGAUAAGAAUCCGUGUUUAAAUUGAUAUUGUAAAAUUAACUUGAACGUUGUUCAAAGAUUGACGUUUCGGACAUAAAUAAAUAACUUUUACA